AUGCCUGGUGGUGUAGUGUUCGUGAUUUACAUACCCUCAAGCAACUACGAACACAUCUUAAGAUUUGGCAAACCAAAGGAUCUUAUAGUUAUCAACGAUACUGCUAUAAAACCAGGACGAUUGGCAGUGGAGCUGAGAAAUAAGAACACUAAGAGUAUCCCUAUACAUUUAAAUGAAAACUAUUAUAAUGAUGGCUUCAAUCGGAAUUUGGAAAAUAUAAGCGAGUACGAAGAAUUUCUCACUAUGGAAAAUAUCUUACAAGAAUUAUUGUCUAAGCUACACGUGGAGCAUGUUGUUUGGAUAAGUGACAAAGCCGGGAACUAUUUUGAGAUCAUAUUCCCAUUGCCAACUGGCGAUCAAUGUGAAACCAUGCUUCAUUGUCUCACUCAACUUGGCAUCGGAGUACAAUGCAAAUCUAUUGUCAGCGUUCUGCCUUGUAACGUAGUUCAUUCGGCUCUGACAAAUGAUGAAUAUGAUGAAGAAACACAUAUACGAAAAUCAGAGGACGCAAGACGCUGGCGGAACUUUGUGGAAUCUAUCAGAUCGAAACUGACAGUCAAACAAGUGGUGGACGGGGUUCGAGGCGGUGGAGAAUUGUCUUUUGAUUAUUUAACGUUGAUUAUAACGGCUGAUUCUCUCGCGGCUUUAGGCCUAGUGGAAAACAAUGCUUCAAAUAUCGUAGCAGCAAUGUUAGUUUCCCCGCUCAUGGGCCCUGUCAUGUCUAUCACGUUCGGCACUAUAAUAUCUGACAGAAGCCUUGUGAGAAGCGGCUUUGAGAGUUUAGUUAUAGGAAUGUUAGCAUCUCUGGUAUUUGGAUUCAUAUUUGGACUAAUUUUGGGAACGACAGAAAUGCCUUGGGGAUUUGGUGACUGGCCUACGGAGGAAAUGAAGGGACGAGGUAACGUGCGUUCGUUAUGGAUGGGAGUACUUUGGGCUCUAACUUCUGGAACAGGAGUAGCAUUAGCUUUGCUCCAGGGUAGUGCUGGACCUCUAAUUGGUAUAGCUAUAUCAGCCUCUUUGCUACCACCUGUGGUGAAUUGUGGUUUAUAUUGGGCAUUGGCGUGCAUUUGGCUGCUUUAUCCAGGAAUAAAGAUUCCUCAUAUAAAAGGAGAACCUUAUACUGGAAACUCAUCAUAUCAACCUCUAUACCAUGAUUACUUGCCGAUUGAAUUUGCAGUUAACGGUAUUGUCAGCUGUUGUCUGACAAUUGUAAACGUGAUCUGUAUAUUCAUAACGGCUAUCUUAUUUCUGAAGAUAAAAGAGGUCGCCGCCCCUUACACUUCAAGUCCAGAUUUGAGACGGUUCUGGGAACAAGACAUUAAAGUAGCACGAGAGUCGAACCGAGCCAAUUUACAAAAAGCAGAAGACGAUGAACGCGCUGAGUUGGUAUUAGAAGACCUUAAUCGGGACACAGACGAAACUUUAAAGGAUAAGUUGGAAGCAGCUGUCGAGGAAGCGUUGGAUGACGACACUUACAGAAAAGUUAAAAGAAUGAGUUAUCAGAGCCACAUUGCCGAUGAGGUAAUGCACUCAAUCGGACUUUCAAGAACACCAGUAUCUGUACGAUCCAGUCAGAUAAACUCUGGCGUAAAUACACCAACAUAUCCUAAAUCCUCGAAUGUGGACGAUAUAGCACGAUUAGACAAAGUAUUAACAUCCCUACUUGGGCUUAAGGAAGCGAAACGAGGACGGUCUUUUAUAUCUCAUAGAUGUAGUCCAAGAGCCAGCCGAAUUCCAAAGAUAGUGGAAGAAACUAUACAUGGACAAAGCAGACGGUCGGAGUCUUGGCCUGAAAGAAUAUUUGAGGAUUCUGUCGUUCGCAGCGUCAUCAGUAACUUGAGAGACAGCAAACGAAAAUCCCAGCUUGAAGAACCGUUCUUAACACCAAACUAA